AUGAAUAACUGGUUAGCCUUCUCUCUCUCCCCUCAACAGCACCAAGAAAUCUCCGGCACCGACCUCUCCACCGAUCAAUGCUUCGAUCUCCCUUCUGACUCCUCUGCUCCUUCUCUUACCCCCUUUGCCAUACUCCAAGCCUUCAACACUAACAAUCAACCUCAAGAUUGGAACAUGAAAGAUUUGGGGAUGAACUCUGAACUUAUAAUGGGCAGUUCAUGCAGCAGCCAAACCCUCCAGACCCAAGCCCCCAAGCUCGAAAACUUCCUAGGUGAACACUCGUUUUCUGAUCAUGACAAACUACAAGGGUGCAACACCAUUAGCACUGCAGACUACUUGUUCCCCAACUGCUCCCUCCAGCUUCCGUCCGAAGCCGCCUCCGAGGCAACAAAGGAAAGAGCAAGCAGCGGAGGAUGUGGUGGCGGAGGCGGUGCUACUUCCAUUGGGCUGUCCAUGAUCAAGACUUGGUUGAGGAACCAACCGGUGCCGCCCCACCAGGCUGAGGAAGAGGAGAAUAUUUGUGGCAGGUCGGUGGCGGUCGGCGGAGGCGGAGCACAGACAUUGUCGCUUUCAAUGAGCACGGGGUCGCAACCGAACCAGCUGCCGCUGGUUACGGCUAGUGCAGGAGAGAGUUCUUCAUCUGAUAAUAACAAUAAUAAAAAGCAGCAGCAGCAGCCGAAGGUGAACGAUAAUCUUGACAGCCAAACAGGAGCUAUUGAGGCUGUGCCUCGCAAGUCCAUUGACACUUUUGGGCAAAGGACUUCUAUCUACCGUGGUGUAACAAGACAUAGGUGGACUGGAAGAUACGAGGCACAUCUAUGGGAUAACAGUUGCAGAAGAGAAGGACAAACGCGCAAGGGAAGGCAAGGAGGUUAUGACAAAGAAGAAAAGGCUGCCAGAGCCUAUGAUUUAGCAGCAUUGAAGUACUGGGGCACUACUACUACCACCAAUUUCCCUAUUGGCAACUAUGAAAAAGAGUUGGAAGAAAUGAAGCACAUGACUAGGCAGGAGUAUGUUGCAUCACUUCGAAGGAAGAGUAGCGGCUUUUCCCGUGGAGCAUCCAUUUAUCGAGGAGUGACGAGACACCACCAGCAUGGAAGAUGGCAAGCUAGGAUUGGAAGGGUGGCUGGGAAUAAAGACCUCUAUCUAGGAACUUUCAGCACCCAAGAGGAAGCAGCAGAAGCAUAUGAUGUUGCUGCCAUUAAAUUCCGUGGAUUGAAUGCAGUGACCAACUUUGAUAUGAGCAGAUACGACGUCAACAGCAUCCUCGAGAGUAGCACGUUACCAAUUGGGGGAGUGGCCAAGCGUCUAAAGGACGCCGAGCAAUCUGAGAUGACUGUUGACAGGCGAAGGCCCGAUGAGGACAACUUCAGUAAUACCCAUCUCACUGAUGGAAUCAACAGCCAUGGCUGGCCUAACCUUGCCUUCCAACAUCCACAGCCCUUCAGCCUGCACCACUACCCCUAUGGCACUACCACGCAGCAAAGGGUUUGGUGCAAACAAGAACAAGACUCCGACGCGUUCCAAGACCUUAACCAGCUUCAAUUGGGAAACAACCACAACUUCUUCCAGCCCAAUUCUGUGGUGCACAACCUUAUGAGCUUGGACUCUUCCACCAUGGAACACAGCUCUGGGUCUAAUUCUGUCGGCUUCAGUGAUGGAGGCAACACUAACAUUGGAGGCUUUUAUGGGAACAAUGGAGCUUAUGUGAUGCCCAUGGAAACCACUGUCAUUGCUCAUGAAGGCAGCAGCAACAGCAUUGGUCAGGGAAAUGGGUUAUCGCAGAAUGAUGUCAAUUUGUUUGUGUCCACCGAUCCUUAUCAUGGUAGGAAUUUGUAUUAUCUUUCGCAGCAGUACUCAUCCGCCGCUGGCAUGGUGAAGAGUAGUCAUUAUGAUCAGGGCUCGACUUGUAACAACUGGGUUCCAACCGGAGUUCCCACCAUUGCACCGAGGAGUACUACUAACAAUAUGGCAGUUCCGACCUUCACAGUAUGGAAUGAUACAUGAAACAUAUACACUGAUCAUUUCCUAGUUAUGAUUUUUUUUUUCUUUUUUUCUUUUUUAAAUUUUGUUUCUUCCUGCUAUAUUUACUAAAUGAACGAAGGCAGAUAGCUAGUCUUCUCUCUUUUUUAGUUUUUUCAAACUUGAUCCUAUAAGGAAAGUUUCGUAAGGAUCCAAAAGCUGAAGUUCAGCAAUAGCAUGUGAGAGAUUUAAAGUGGUCUCACUUGCUAUGAAUUUUGGGAACUUCAGAUCAAUGGAUCCUCGGAUAGGAAGAUACACCAGGCUUUGUAAUUUUGAAAUAACAAUAUGAUGAUACAAAGAAUGGGAUUUUAAUGUUUUGUUUAUAUUUAUAUAUUAUAUAUUGAUUGUAAUUUGGUCAUUGAAUUCGUGUUUUGGCCCAUUAGAGA